GGGGGAGCUGAAGCUGGAGCUCGAGCUCGAAGAGAACGAAGGGGGGAGGCGACAAUGGCGUCAACGUCUCCACGUUCCUCUUCUUGCCUCCUCUCUCGCCACGCCGAACCCUCGCUUCCUCUUCUUCUUCGCCCACGCCCUUGGUCGCUUCGCGCCUCGGAUCUCCGGCGCCGACGCUUCGAACCCCACCUCUUCGUCUCCAUCCGAUCGGGGAUUGGGAUCAGAAGGGGCGGUUUUGUAGCACGGAGCUCGGGAUCGAUCCCUAGCGAAGCUGUUGCUGCGGAAGAGACGACGGGGAAAGAUGCAGUGGAGGAAGAAGAAGAUGUGGAGUCGUCUCGGCUCUUCGAGAGGUUGAAGGAAGCAGAGAGGCAGCGGAUAGAGAAGUUGGAGAAGUUUGAGAAGAAAGCAGAUAUGCAACUAGAGAGGCAGCUAAUCAUGGCUUCCUGCUGGAGCCGCACUUUGCUCACUCUACAGGGAAAAUUGAAGGGUACAGAGUGGGAUCCUGAGAACUCUCAUAGAAUUGAUUUUAGUGAAUUUUGGAGACUUCUUAAUUCGAAUAAUGUUCAGUUCAUGGAAUACUCAAACUUUGGCCAGACCAUUUCUGUUAUUUUACCAUAUUACAAAGAUGGAGGAGAAAAAGAAAACAAUCCCAAUAGAGAAAUAGUAUUUCGCCGUCAUAUUGUUGAUAAAAUGCCUGUUGAUGGAUGGAAUGAUGUUUGGAGUAAGCUGCAUGAACAACUGGUAAAUGUUGAUGUUAUUAACGUGGAUGCUGUGCCUGCUGAAGUCUACUCUACUAUUGCAACUGCUGUUGUAUGGUCAAUGCGUUUUGCCCUUUCAGUUGGUAUAUACCUAUUGAUCGAUAGCGUGACAAGGCCAAUUUAUGCCAAGCUGAUUCCCUGUGACCUUGGAAAACCUGAAAAAAAGGCAAGGCAGCCCCUCAAGCGUCGUGCUCUUGGAUCCCUAGGUAAAAGCAGGGCGAAGUUCAUAUCUGCAGAAGAAACCACCGGCGUCACAUUUGAUGAUUUUGCUGGCCAAGAGUACAUAAAAAGAGAAUUGCAAGAGAUCGUGCGAAUCCUUAAAAAUGAGGAGGAGUUUCAAGAUAAGGGAAUAUACUGUCCAAAAGGAGUGCUUCUUCAUGGACCGCCAGGAACUGGGAAAACUCUUCUUGCUAAAGCUAUUGCGGGUGAAGCAGGACUUCCUUUCUUUGCUGCAAAUGGUACUGAUUUUGUUGAGAUGUUUGUAGGUGUUGCCGCAGCUCGUGUCAAGGACCUGUUUGUUAAUGCGAGGUCAUAUGCACCAUCUAUUAUCUUUAUUGAUGAGAUUGAUGCAAUUGGCAGCAAACGUGGAGGACCUGACAUUGGUGGGGGUGGUGCCGAGAGGGAGCAGGGCUUACUGCAAAUUUUGACUGAGAUGGAUGGGUUCAAAGAGUCGACAGCACAGGUGUUAGUUAUAGGUGCAACUAAUCGUUUGGAUAUAUUGGACCCGGCUCUCCUCAGGAAGGGUCGCUUCGACAAAAUUAUAAGGGUUGGCCUUCCAUCUAAAGAUGGAAGAUUGGCCAUAUUGCGGGUACAUGCUAGGAAUAAGUAUUUCAGAUCCGAAGCUGAGAAAGAGGCUCUUCUGCAGGAAGUUGCAGAGCUUACGGUAGACUUCACUGGAGCAGAGCUGCAAAAUAUACUGAAUGAGGCUGGGAUUUUGACUGCGAGAAAGGAUCAAGACUACAUUGGAAGAGAGGAAUUGUUGGAGGCUCUAAAGAGGCAAAAAGGGACCUUCGAAACAGGUCAGGAAGAUAGUACUGAGAUCCCUGAAGAACUAAAGCUUAGGUUGGCGUAUAGAGAAGCCGCUGUGGCAGUUCUUGCUUGCUUCUAUCCGGAGCCACAUUGUCCUUUUGUGGAGACUGAUAUCCGUACGAUCCGCAGCAAGCCAAAUAUGCGGUAUGCUGAAACCUCAGGAAGAGCUUUUCUGAGAAAAUCUGACUACAUUAAUUCUAUUGUGCGAGCUUGUGCACCAAGAGUUAUCGAGGAGGAGAUAUUUGGAAUAGAUAAUUUAUGCUGGAUUUCAGCAACAGCAACAACAGACGCAUCGAGGCGUGCCGAGCGUUUGAUUCUUCAGACAGGGAUGACAGCAUUUGGCAAAGCCUACUAUAGAAAUCAGGGUGAUCUUGUACCAAAUCUUGCAGCAAAAUUGGAAGCCCUUAGAAAUGAAUACAUGCGCUUUGCAGUGGAGAAAUGUUCAGCUGUGUUAAGAGAGUAUCGUUCAGCUGUUGAAACUAUUACAGAUAUUUUGCUUGAAAAAAGAGUAAUAAACGCGGAGGAGAUUCGGGAGAUAUACAAGAAAUCUCCACGAAUACCUCAACCACCUGUGAAUCCAGUCGAUGAGUAUGGCGUGCUUAUUUAUGCUGGGAGAUGGGGUAUUCACGGUAUCUCCCUUCCCGGAAGAGUUACGUUCGCACCAGGGAAUGUGGGAUUUGCUACAUUUGGCGCACCCAGACCUUUGGAGACGCAGAUAAUCAGCGAUGAGACAUGGAAGCUGGUAGACGACAUCUGGGACAGGAGAAUAAAAGAAAUUAAAGACGAAGUCUCGCAGGAGAUCAAGGAAGACACCGAAAAGCCACAGCUGCUUUUGGCUGAUUACUUUCUUUAGGAGUUGAGCCUCUUUCAUUUCGGAAUCUGGAUUGCCAUAAAUGUUCCAAUUGCUUCAGUGUUUUGCAUGCACACGAUCCCGAGUAGUUUCGUAUAUGAAGGAUACAGUUCGCCCAACUCUCGAAGCAGAUGCUUUCAACUACGUUUGCCGGAAGACUAGUUGAAAAUUCUUUUUUUUCCUUACUUUAGCCCAGGAUUUAAGUGAACCUGAUGCUUGAUGAAGUACCUCGACACACUUCAACGAGUUAAGAUCAUUCGGGAGAAUAAUAGAGUUGUCGCAUCUGCAAUGCUCUCGAAAUUGAGUCGAACGACACAAUUUUCCGAAGGGAGCGACACAAGAUGUGUAACCAAGUACUGAUAACAUUUUCUCCAUUGGAUCGAAUUUUUUUCUUUUUAAUGGAGUUUCUCUAAAAUGGUUUCUCUAAGGUCAAACUCUCUGUGUUUUAUCUGAAAGAUAAAGAGAAUAGCUUUGUGUAAAUUAUGUAGAUAUCAAUUUUGGGGCCCCCAUGCCAUUUAUUUCUUUGAGGGGCUUAUGUACUUGUUGAUCUUUUUUUAAACCUGAUUAAUUAGUAACUGCUAUUGUUGUCCCA